UGAACACCUACAAUACUUGAAGAGGGAGUUUCCAAGAUUCAAAAAGAAUAAAAAGUGGCUUACAGACAAGCAAAACAAGACAUUUGCAGAUUAGUUGAAGGAGAGGGUUGCUGUUCAACUAAGUGAACCAGAUUCUCACGUUCCAGAGAUUGUCAGAUGGCUUUCAGAUAAACCGAGCAAUGAAGUACCAACAUUCAGUGGGUAUAGAAUUGCUGGAAUUCAGUAUAACACAAAGAAGCGUGAUGAUGUUAGAUCAACGCAAAACAGUGGUGUCUACUUACUUGCUAAGACACCGCAAGUAGCUACUGCUAGGGAUAAAAUGCUAGUUAUUGAUGACAUGAGCUUCUAUGGGGUGAUUACUGAAAUAUGGGAGCUUGAUUAUGAAAAGUUUAGGAUCCCUAUCUUUAAGUGUGAUUGGGUAGAGAAUAAAAGGGGUGUGAAGGUAGAUGAGCUGGGGUUCACAUUGGUGAAUUUGAAUAAGAAAGGUCAUUUAAAUGAUACUUUUGUGUUGGGAAACUGUGUUCAGCCAAUCUUUUAUGUUCAAGACCCUGUAGAUCCAAUGUGGUCAGUAGUGCUAAGAAUUUCUAGUAGGGAUUACAGUGAUUUUGAGGUUGAAGAUGAGCUUGGGGACACUAUUGUUGCUCACCAUCCUAUCACCACCAUGAUGCCAUCUAUUGAAUUACCUGGUAACUUAGCAAAUGAGGAAGAAGUGGGUUACAUGCGGGAAGGGGAGGAAGAUAUAGUUGUUGAUGGAUAAUAUAGGCAGUUUAAUUUCUAUUAUGAUAAUUUGUUAUCCCACUUCAAUUCCUUGUGGUUUGUUAUGUAUUGGUUGAUCAGCACCUUUCAUUUUUGCUUUAGCCAUGUAAUUUGGUACAAACCAGAUAUGUUGUUGUCAACUUGUUGAAUGAAACUGAUUGAAGCUUUCUACAUGUCAUGUGAUUACUAAAAUGGCAUGGUUUUUGGUUUCUUUCUGUAUUUAGUCUGGUCUUUAUUGUGUGGGCUCAUUGUAUUGUUCUUUACAUGAUUACUGAAACAGAUGUGUUUAUUCUUUACUAUAAGUGGCUAAUUAAUGUCU